AACAAGUUCGUCAGAGUGUCAAAGCUGCAUCACAUACAAUGUCGCGUCACCAAGUCUACGUCGCUUCAGCAGUGUUGCUCGCAGUGCUCGUCGUGCGUGUGCCGGGUUCUACCGUCGAACAGUCGUCAAAUCCGUCUGGUUUCGUUAGAUCAGAAUCAGCUGGCACCUCCGAAAAGAGGGAUCAUUAUCCUCUCGCCUGGGCUGAAAUUCCUUUCAAAAAUAUCUUGGCCAACGACCGACUUUUCGGCAAGUUCAAAGUGUGCUUUUUGACCGAGCAGACAAAGGGUUGUCCAAAAGUUAUCAUGGAUAUUACACGUUUGGCUCCGGAAGUGUUGGCGACCAAUUGUGCAAAGUGUUUACCUGCUCAUGUCGAGCGGAUAAAGGAAAUUGUCAAUUACCUUUGCGAGAAUAGGAGGGUAGACUUGGACGAAAUCAGACGAAUAAAAGAUCCUAAUGGAGCCAUGCAGAGCGCUUUCAAUAAGAAAUAUGGCAAGACUAAUUGUUAGCGAGUAUACUUACGUCGUUUCGACGUAGCUUUGGUUUACGCGGGUCUACAUUUGUUAUUUUAUGAAUACGUCAUGUCCUUGACAAUUCCAGUAUUGUUGUCUAAUAAAGUACCACCUGGAGAUAA